UGAACGCGUGCCAAGCCGUCCGGGGCUAUAUAAAGGCAGCCCGGUGGAGGCGCCACACCGUUGCAGCGAAGGCAGCCGCCGAGGCGAAGGAGGGCCGGGGAAGGACUCCACAGGCACCGACGCUGCAGCUCGCCAUGACCCCUGCCGCUCUCCACAUCCCGCGCUUCCUGCUCGCCUGCUUGCUCUUGAGGAGCUGCUCGGCUUUCAAGAACGAUGCCACAGAGAUCCUUUACUCGCAGGUCGCCAAAGCCGCCCCGGCCAACAACAGCACUUUGAAUCAAGCCCGAAACGGAGGCAGGCAUCCCGGCCACUCGGGGUUCGAGCGGAACAGUCGUGUUCAAGUUGGCUGCCGGGAACUGAGAUCUACCAAAUACAUUUCAGAUGGCCAAUGUACUAGUAUAAACCCCCUAAAAGAGCUGGUAUGUGCUGGGGAAUGCCUUCCUUUGCCAGUUUUGCCCAACUGGAUUGGAGGGGGCUAUGGGACCAAGUAUUGGAGCAGAAGGAGCUUGCAGGAGUGGAGAUGCGUCAACGACAAAACUCGUACCCAAAGGAUUCAACUUCAGUGUCAAGAUGGAAGUACGAGAACCUACAAAGUAACUGUGGUGACAGCAUGUAAGUGUAAGAGAUACACAAGGCAACAUAAUGAAUCCAGCCACAACUUUGAAGGAUCACCUCAAACAAAGCCUGUACAACAUCAUAAAGAGAGGAAAAGAAACACCAAAGCCAUGAAGCAUACCACGAGUUAGAACUCGGCCAUCACAUUUAUAAAACUUGAACUCCUCAAUAGUCCACUGCUUUUACAGAUAUCGCUGCCUGAAAAAGACACAGACUUUUCAUUGUUUCUUCUCAGCUGUGUGUACUUGGACCAAACUUAGAAGGCCAUUCCAUGCAUAAGGAUCUCUUCAGUGGUCAUUCAUUAUUUCAAGAUGAACAUUCACCUCCUAUUCACUGAACUCUAUUUUUUUUGGAAAUGUAAAGAUGUUGCUAUGGAUGUUCAAUCAAAUUUUAUUUUGUAGAGAGUUGUGAAUUUUCACAAAGCAUACUUUUCAGAUCAACAGGUCUACCGGCUGAAAUAAAUAUUUUAAAUUACACUGCAGUAAACCAAAAGCAUUGUUCACAUUGAUCCUUCUAUCCAAAUGUUUUUAGCCACAUAUUUUAGUAAACAAAAACGUGCAUGACAGCAGCUGAAAAAGUAAAUCUGAACAAACACUAUUUAUUUGUCAAUGUAAUUAUUUAAUGAACUUUUGUUGCCUAUUUUUAAGAUACCUGUUUUAUGUUUCACCACAUUUCCCCCCCCCACACACACAUCAAAGUAUUUUCCUAUAAUUUGUGAUCAAGCUAGAAUAUAUGUUGUACAUAAUGUAACAUAAGUAUUUUAAUCUUGUUGUUCUGUUUUAAUUUUUAACACAAGUAAGAAACUUAGAAAAAUAUUUUGUAAAUACAUUGUAAAAAUGCAUUUGUACUUUUACAGUGUGCAGUCCAAAGGUAGACCAUAUUUCAUACCAAACCAUCCUUUUUUAAUAAAAAAAAUUAGUAACA